GCUGAUUGUCGGUAUCGAUUUCGGUACAACUUUCUCCGGUGUGGCGUUUGCUUUUGCGACAAACAACGAAGCCAAGGAAGACAUUAUAACAGAAUGGCCUGGCGCUGGUUCAUACACGAAGCAGAAGGUAGGAAGACUUGCGGUUCCCGGAGAUUGCGCGUUGCGUUCUGCGCUGGUACUUCGCUGACACUCUUUUGUCUCCAGAUCCCCACGGUUCUCUACUACGAUCAGUAUCAGAAGGUUGUUGGCUGGGGCCCCGACAUCGCCGAUGCCCUUGCCCCUACUGGAUACCCGAAGCCCGGCGUGCAAAAGGUCGAAUGGUUCAAGCUGCAGCUCAUGUUGUCCGGCAACACAUAUAUCGACCCCAUCAACCUGCCCCCUCUGCCUCCUGGAAAGUCCGAAAUCGAUGUUGCGGCCGACUAUCUUUUCAAGCUCCGCCAGGCUAUGCGCUCGGCCCUGCAAAAGACCCUCGGUGAGGUAUUCAACCGUGAGGAGCGAAACAUCCGUUACUAUCUCACCGUCCCUGCCAUUUGGAACGAUGCAGGAAAGGCCGCCACCAGAGCCGCCGCUAUCCAGGCUGGCUUCUUGAGAGACGAAAACGACAACCGGUUGACGCUAGUUUCCGAGCCCGAAGCUGCCGCUAUUUUCUGUUCCAAGACGGGACUCUUGAACCUCAAGGUCCACGACGCCGUGCUGAUUGUCGAUUGUGGUGGUGGUACUGUCGAUUUGAUCGCGUACGAAGUCGAGGAGGAGAACCCCUUCACCGUUGCCGAGUGCACGGCAGGAUCUGGUGAUUCUUGCGGUUCAACAGCGCUGAACCGCAACUUCAGCAACAUCCUCCGCACCAAGAUUCGCAAGAUGAAGCUGCCCGACGGAUCCAAGACGGCGGGCCGCGUGUACGCCAAGUGCAUUAUGGACUUUGAGAACCGUAUCAAGGCCGAUUUCCGCAACAACGGCCAGAAGUGGGCCGUCGACGUUGGUAUCGAGGCCGAGUUCCCCGAGGCCGGCAUCGAGGAGGGCUACAUGACGUUCACCAACGAGGAGAUUCUGCAGUGCUUCGAGCCCGUUGUUAACCGCAUUCUCGAGCUCGUCAGAAACCAGAUCAUCGCCAUCCAGGCCCAGAACCGGACGCUGCAAAACAUUCUCGUUGUGGGUGGAUUCGGUGCCUCCGAGUACCUCUUCCAGCAGAUCAAGCUUCACGUUCCUCCCCAAUUCCAGUCCAAGGUCGUCCGCCCCAUGGACUCCGUGGCCGCUAUCGUCAAGGGUGCUGUUACCGCCGGCAUCACCGAGCGCGUCGUCACACACCGUGUUGCCCGUCGUCACUACCUCAUGGCCACCUUGCAGCCCUUUAAGGAAGGGUACCAUCCUGAGGCCUACCGCGUGCCAUCCCUCGACGGCAAGGACCGCUGCAAGUUCACCCGUCAAAUCUUUGUGCAAAAGGGUCAAAAGGUCAAGAUUGGAGAGCCCGUCAAGGUCUCAUUCUUCCGUCAAGUUGCACCCGGUGCGACGCUCAUGUACGAGGAUAUUCUGUACGCCUGCGACGACGAUGUUUGUCCCGAGUAUACUAAGGAUCCUCGCAUCAAGGAAGUUGUCACCCUGACCUCUGACCUGUCGCGGAAGAACCUCGAGAAGGACUUUGAGAGAAUGGACACACCACAGGGCACAUUCUACCGUGUCUACUUUGACAUUUACCUGACGCUCGACGGAUCCGAGUUCAGCGCAGAGCUGGUGUGCCAAGGCGAGGUCAUGGGCCGCUGCAGAGCGCGCUUCAGGUAAAGACGGUGGUGGAAGGAAGGGGAGAGAAAGAGAGAGAGAGAUUGAUAAUGUUUGCUUGCUUGCAUUGGGCAUUUCGUUUCCAUACACUCGGAUGAUACCUCGAAAAGGUGAUGGGGGCCAGAAGGACAGGCCCCGAGGCUAAUAAUGGCCGAGAGUACAUAUCACGAAGAGACCUCCCAGAACAGAUGACUGGAAGACGAGGAUUGGAUUUGGGAGGUUUUUAUGACGCGGAAGGAUUAUGGCCUAUUGUCAAGUGUUGUAGACGCACGACACUCCCCGCAUGGGAGAAAUCAAGAUUUUUUCACAAGACAAUAAUUACCUGACGGGGUCGUCGAGAGGUCCACCCAAACUUGGGGGAAGGUCGUAUGCAAGCCUGUUGAAGCCACCGCCCUUUCAUCCCAACUAGUCAGAAACUGAGGUUUACACUCCCGUGUCAUUUCACCUGAGCGGGCUUGGUCUUCUUAGAUUUUCGUAGGCUCUCCAUGAGGAAGACUCAGCUU